CUCCAGCGUAUCCGUCUACAACGUGUCGCGUCCUUCGACGUCUAGCACGUGAGUUUCGACGUCAAGCACGUUAUUAUCGCCGUGAGCCCAUGUUCGUCGACUUGUGCCCGCGCUCCGAUCGUGUUUGAUGGUUUUUGAGAGCUUCGAGGAUAACUGGAUCCCGAUCGCUGUAAACAGUGUGUUGUUUUAGAAAUACGAGAAACGUCAACUUAGAUUCUCUUUUUAACUCAAAAUGAGGCAUACACAGAUCCUGCUAGCGUCGCUGCUGGCACUCUUCACCUCCACCUUCGCAACUUUCCCAACCUUCACGCCUCCGAAAGUUACCUACCGGAAGGUAGGCCCAGACCCCUACCGCCCUUACCGCUACGGCCGCUCUCCAACCACCAUCGCACCCCCUCGGUUCAACCGCUCCAUCAGCGAUAACUCAGGGUGGGUCCCCAUCUUCAAGCCAGCCGAGUCCUACGUCCACCAGAAGACCGCCACCUACCCCGCCCCGCGCUACCAAACUCACUACGUCAUCUACUACCCCUCAGUGGACCCGAAACAACCCUCACUCUACACCCCGGCUGCCCAUUCCGUGGAUCCAAAAGCCAACUCUCUCUACACCUCAGCCUACUCCGUUGAACACAAACCUUCUCUCUACACCCCGGCCUACUCCGUUGAACACAAACCUUCUCUCUACACCCCAGCCCUCACAGUGGACCACUCUCCGGCCUUGUCCGUUGUCACGCCCGCUGGGAAGCCGGUCACAACCUACGGUCAAGAUUACAAGUACGGUCAGGAAUACAAGUAUGAUUCUGAGUCGUUGAAACCUUACAAGUACGACCCUGAGGCCUUGAAGGGUUACCAGUAUGAUUCCGAGGCGCUGAAAGGUUACAAGGUUGACGCCGAGGCCCUUAAAGGAUACAAAAUUGAUGCCGAGGCUCUGAAGGGUUACAAAGUUGACGCUGAGGCUCUUAAGGGCUACAAAGUUGACACAGAAGCUCUCAAGAGUUACGCCGAGGCUUUGAAAGGAUAUAAAGUUGACGGAGAAGCUCUCAAGGGGUACGCUGAGGCUUUGAAAGGAUAUAAGUUUGAUGCGGAGGCGCUGAAAAGCUACACAGCACAAGUUGAAGCACUGAAAAGUUACGCCAGCGCUCAAGCGGAGGCAGCUAAAGGCUACACGAGCAAUACAAUCAGUUCGGACACUUCAGCAGAGUCGCACGGUACCUCAGACCCGGACCACAAGCUCUACCCAGAUACCAAACUCUACUACUACCCGCAGUCAGUGCAACCCCAAGUAUCAACCGAAGACAAGGGCGCCUCAUAUGCUCAGUACGCGCCACAGACAGAGCCGGUCUACUACUACACGGUGGCGAAGCCGCUGAGCCGGCCGUCCACCCCGAUCGAGGAGCCGGCCCAGGAACCGGCCAAGCAGGCCACCCCGGUGCCCGUCUUCAAGAAGGCCGUCGUCCAGCACUACCCGGUGAUUAGCGCGCCGCAAGAAGAGAAAAAGGCGAAGAAAGCGGUGACGGUGCUGCACUCUGGCGAGUCGCACGGACACUCGGAGGGUGAGGACGAGCACUCCGGGGACGAGAAGUACGAGUUCGGGUACCGAGUCCACGACUCGCACACGGGGAGCGAGUUCGGGCAGAUGGAGCAGCGACACGGGAGCAACUCCCGCGGGCACUACCACGUCAUGCUCCCCGACGGACGGCUCCAGGUCGUCCGCUACUACACCGACCACGAGGGCUUCCACGCCGACGUCUCAUACGAAGGCAAGGCCCACCACAUCGGGUAGGCAACCCGCUGAUCACUACCCUGCCUCGCAAGUUCCUCAAGUCUCUCAAUUUUCAAGCAGAAUCGUGCGGGUCGGAACCGGGACUAGACGUGCGAUCUAGCAACGGAGCAUGGAACCAGUCCUGUCCGGUCGGUGGCCGGUUACGCAACCAGUCUGGUCCCUCGGAAGUCCCGGGGACGCAACGGUGGCGACGCUCUUCCGCUUCAACGAACGCUGCUUCGCGGUGGCAGAAGUGCAGAACCCUGUUCGAGACCUUACCGGGAACCCUGCCCUCGGAGCAGUCGCAGCUCGCACGAGCAACGUUGUAAACAAAGGCGCAUGCACUGCCCUCUACAGGAAGAGAGUGCUUAUUGCAUGCCGGUCUUGCGCUUCAAACUCAUUCCACAUUCGUUUUAUGUAAGUGAUCGCCAUUCGAGCGUUUCAUCGAAAACCAGACUGUUGCAAAAGUCUUCGAUUUACUUUUUUUUUUUUUUUUGGGGGGGGGGGGCAAUGGAUGAAAAAAAUCAAAUGAGCGCAUGUAUACAGAGUGGUCCAAAAACCCCAUACCAUCAAUUUGAAAAAAAAACCUCAUUCAUACGAACCGAAUUUGCGGUGUUUAAUAUUGGCCGUAUCGUUCGGUUCAUAUGUAACCGCUCUCUCGGUUCUGGGAACCGUAUCCUCGGUUCAUACAACUGAGCAUUCAAACUAAACAUAACUGACAAAAAGCUCGGUUACGUGAAUAGAACAAUACGGCCGAUAUUGAACAUCAUACAUUCGGUUCAUAUGACCGUACUUUUUUUCUCAUUGCACCGGGACCAAGCGCCACUAUGUAACUUAUGACCAAAUUCAGAAAGAGACUUGAAAUUUCGUGAGUACUCUUAGGUAAAAGGAAACCAAUUUUUUUGGAAUUCCCCAACAUUUUAGAUGGACCUCUCUGAAAACGGGCAAUAUCCCUGAGGUUACAAGUGGUGGUACGGGACUGUUUGGUCACUCUGUAUACGAGAGUUGUUUAUGUACAUUUUGAUGGCCAUGGUACAAUACCGUCUGUUUGCGUACUGAAGAUUUUGGAGGAUGUAGAAAUUUUUUUUGGAGAAAUAGUAGAGCUUCUUAACAGGGGGAAAAUGUUGUACCGUUUUAAACGCAAGAAAACGCAUCAAAAUGUAUUUAACAAUAGAUUUUGAUAAUUGAACCACAUUUUGCGAAAAGGAACCAAUAUUUCUGGCUCAUUUAUAAACUCGCCCAUCUGCAUAAGUGAAACAAUCGCCCAAAAAUUUUUUCUAAAAAAAAAACCGAAUUUAUUCGUUACUUCUGGUAAAAUGUAGUUCAGUUAUGAUGUUUAUUUAGGGAUGAAAGUUUGACAUGUAGUUGCCUGAAAAAUUGAUGGAGUAACAGGUUUCUUUACAGAGGGUAUCAGUUGAGAGAAAAGCGUCAGAAAUGGUAUCAACUUGCCAUACUUGUUAACAGAUUAUAUCUGUUGAUGAACUAGUCAAAGUUUAAACGGAGUGUAUAGACUUGGUUUAUAGUUGCUCUGUUGUUUUCUAGACAUUGUACAUAAUACACAUUUUUCUUAUCCUCUUUUGAAGACGUAUUAUCUACAUUGUUAUUUUUUUGACAUUUAAAAAUUUAAAAUUUGCAGUUUAUUAUUUCGGGGGAAAAUUUAUCAAAAAGUUGAAACCAGCUAGUUAGGUUUCUUUCGGUCACUUUUAUUUGUUAAAAGUUACAAUCGGCUAUCUAUUUCUGAAAAUACCAUUCAGAGACAUAGAAAGCCAUUUAUAAUUUUAGUGAAAAUACUUGUCAAAGCCAUAUAGAAGAGACUAGGCUUAUUUUUUGUACACAAAACGUGUAUUUAUUGUUUAAAAGGAAUUAUUUAUAUUUUAUUUACCAUUUAAGAUGAAUUGAUGCGAUUAGAUGAUGUAAAGACAGUUGUGAACUUUAGGUUACCUCAUAUAGGUGAGACACCCGUAUCUUUCAUAAUAUAAGUCACUUAUUUUUAGUGUAGACAUUUUGAUUAGUGAACUAGUACACUCGAGUUUCACUGUGCAAUAUUAGUGUUAGGACAACUCAAUAAAAUCGGGCCAUUCUGCUUUAUUGAGGCUUUACAUGGAAUGUUGAACGAUCCUCGCAAAAUGGCAAGUUUUUAGAUUAAGCCUCAUUUGCCCAGAGGAGACUUGCUUCGUUAUUUUAUUUUUCGCAUUCUUCCUAAUUUUGUGCAAUAUUAGUUGUAAGUUUAGAAUUAUACCAAUAGUAUUUGCUUCUCAGGCCAAAAUAUUUCUCCUUGUUUCCUGUGUUAAUGAAAAAAUGUGAUAAUUUUCAUUUCUUUAACAAAAUGUUUUGUUUUCCGAUUAAAAGAAUCCCUUUAUGAAAAAACUGAGAGUUGCAAGAGCAUUUUCCAAAUCGAGGAUUCUUUUUUAUUGUCCAAUUGCCACAAACAAGGGAUACAGCAGAGAUUAAAAGCCCCCUAAAAAACUCAAAAAGAAAACCAAAAAAAAUCUGCCAUUUUUUCUGUACUCGGUAAAGUACUCUCAUUAAUACAAACUGUCACCUUGAAAGGACAAGAAAAAUGUCUAAGGAUACGCGCAAAAGAAAAAUCAUCAGUUCAAAAUCGCGUUUACGCCUAAACUGCUUCCUCUUGUUUGUUGGUGAUGCCCUUUCAGGUUAAAUGUAGAUUCUGCCCUUUUAUCCUACUUUUGCACACACAAAUGAAAGAUUCUACAGUGACUUUUAAAUUUAUAUAAAAAAAUUGAAAAAAAUCUAGUUUCACAAUUAGCAAAGUCACUAUUGUUUUCUACCAAAUUAUUACAGCACACUAUUUAUCUCCAUUAUGUAUACUUGUUAUCGUAUUUAUAAUUGUUUAUGUAUAAUAAAUCAUGUUUUAUACUGUUGUU